AUGCACCGGCUCGUCCAGCGUGCAGUCAUCCGUCGAAUGAGUACCGAAGAGCGAGAGAACAUGUUUUCCCUUGCAGUAGCUAUCCUCACGGCGAACUUUCCCAACACUUACAGUGCCGACGUUGGCCACCAGGUCGCCUCCUGGACCUAUUGCGAGAGGAGCUUGCCCCACAUUGAAAGCAUCGUGAAAAAGAGUGAAGAAUUCAAGAUCUUUGAGAAUGCGAACCAAUCUUUCGCAGAGCUACUACUUCGCUGUUCUUGGUACCUUUACGAGAGAGAGAACUACAGCAUUGCCCAGUCAUACAUUGAUGUAGCACUGAAGAAGUUUGCCAGCAAGGAUUCUCUUGCGUACGCGAGUGCAACUGAUCUUCGAGGUUUGAUCAACCUCGAUAUCUGCCAUCCUGCAGCUGCUCUGGAGGCUUUUGAAGAAGCAUACAAGAUACGCACAGAGAUACUUGCAGAAAGCCACUCGUUUCUAGCCGCCAAUCAGGUCAAUAUAGGUCUUGCGUUCACAGAGCUGGGCGAGCUUGAAAAGGCGCAGGACUAUCUUCAGCAGUCAAUAAACAUUCGGUUGAUGCACAACAGCGACAGAAUUGGAAAUUCAUAUAGCAAUAUGGCCAGCUUGUUAUUGAGAAUGGGGCAGCCUGACCAAGCAGAAGCGAUGCUUAAGAGCUGUCCAUCCCUGAAAGACUUUUCAGAUGAGACCUUUCUCAACACCGGAAACCCGAGGUUUUCUGGGGAUAUGGUUCUCCUGAGCAGAAUUAGAUUCGCGCAAGGGCUUCUCGAUGAAGCGCUCAGAUUUGCUUCCAAAGCCCUGAGUUUUCGAAAGGAGUACUUGGGCGAGCGCCUCAAAGUCUGUGACUCGCUCUACCAGGUAGCUGUUCUUUUUCACAAGGGGGGAAACAUGGGAUUAGCACACCAACUUCUCGAAGAGUGCAUCAGGAUAUCAGAAGGACUCCCGCAAGUUGAGGGUAUAGGACAUUUAGCUCGGGCGAACUAUAAGCUAUCGCAGAUUCUGGGAGAUCUCGGGAAGGACAAAGAAAGCACGAAAUGUCUCGAAAGGGCGGUUUCGCUUAGAAAAGAUCUCAAUGGUCUCGAUGGAGAUUACCUUCUAGUGAAUGGGGCUGCAUCUGACUUUGAGGAUCUUGUCCCGUGGAUGCUGUGGUGA